GGAAGCGGAAGAAGGCUCGCGCUGUCAGGGCGGCAGUGGCCGUUAUGGCGGCGCCUCACGGGAUGGGGCUUCCCGAUCCCUCCUUCUUGUGGAACGUCUUCCAGAGGGUUGAUAAAGACAGGAGUGGAGUAAUCUCAGACACAGAGCUUCAGCAGGCACUGUCCAAUGGUACGUGGACUCCAUUCAACCCAGCGACCGUCAGGUCAAUUCUUGGCAUGUUCGACAGAGAAAACAAAGGCGGGGUGAACUUCAAUGAAUUCACGGGAGUCUGGAAGUACAUCACAGAUUGGCAGAAUGUCUUUCGAACGUAUGACAGAGACAAUUCUGGAAUGAUUGACAAAAAUGAACUAAAGCAAGCACUAACAGGUUUUGGUUACCGGCUGUCUGAUCAGUUCUACGAUACCCUUAUUCGGAAGUUUGACAGACAAGGAAGAGGCCAAGUUGCUUUUGAUGACUUUAUUCAGUGCUGUGUUGUUCUACAGAGGCUGACUGAUGUAUUUCGACGUUAUGAUACGGAUCAGGAUGGCUGGAUUCAGGUGUCCUACGAGCAGUACCUCUGUAUGGUCUUCAGCAUUGUAUGACACUGACAUCUAGGAAUCCCACACUGGCAUUACACAAACUGGAGUUGCCAAAUCAUCAUGUACUGAAUAAGACUGAUGUAUUGUAAUGGAUAUAAUUUCACAUUCAUACAUUUUGUACGUACGUCAGUCAUCGCUUUCAGAAUCAAUGUUUGUUUUUGUGUUUUACGACUCUUAAGAUCAGCCAUAUCAUGCUUACUGUAGCACAGAAAGCACAGAGCCUAGACGUAACUGGUGCCGUGUCAAACUUAACUUUCUUCCACAUAUCCUGCAUGGGGACAAAGGACACUUUAGAAAUGCCGAAUUAAAGUAAUGCUUGCUAGUUUCUAAGAGUCAAAACUCCGAAGUUGCACAACAUGUUUUGCAUGUGCCUUACUUUUAUAAGAGUAUAAUGUAUUAAUUUUUAAUACAGAACUUAAAAUUAAGUAAAAGUGUUAGACCAA